CUCCAUCAUCUCCCUGCGCUGGCUCUCCGGCGGAAAGCGAAAGCACCCACCGAUCCUUCCUAGCAACAAACAUCUUCGUCGACUUUAAGGAUGUAUAUCUUUGUGAAGAGCUCCAUUAGCAGGACAAUCCGUCUCAGGGUCCAGCCAACUGAUACAUUGUCCACUGUCAAGGCAAAGAUCCAGGAACAAUACUACCUUGCCUUUGAUGGAGAGCAGCUAGACGAUAACCUUACGUUGGCUGAUUAUGACAUCCAGAAUAGGUCCACACUUGACCUCGAAGAAAAGAUGGAAAUUUAUGUACAGGAGACGCUGUUAGGCACAAAAAUCACCGUUGAGGUAGAUAGCUUAGAUACCAUUGGUAACGUCAAGGACAUGAUUGAAUCUAUAGAGGGCUUUCCCAAGCAUCAGCAGUGCCUCCUCUUUGACAAGAAACAACUAGAGGACAACAGCACCAUAGCUGACAACAACAUUUGCAAGGAGGCCACCCUUCUCCUUGUCCUCCACUCGUCUCCAAGAGGUACGAUGCAAAUCUUUGUGGAGACGAUACUCAGGACCCUGGCUCUAGAGGUGAACAGCACAGACACCAUCAGCAAUGUCAAGAUGAUGAUCUAUAAGAAGGAGGGCACUCGGCCUAACAAGCAACGCCUCCUCUUUGCUGGCCAGCAGCUGCAAAAUGACCGCACUCUUGGAGACUAUGGCAUUAAGAAUGAGACGACCCUCCAUCUGGUGCUCUGCUGACUGUGUGGUUGUUGAGCGAGGAAUGCGGUGCGGAGAUAUUCAACAAUUAAUGACUAGUAUUUUGCUGUACUCUUCUUUAUUUACAGUAUAUGGUUGGUGUGUUAACUUUGAUUAUAUUGUUGGACGUUAGUAUUGCUCCAUUCUUGUUUC